UCCAAAUUUCUUUCAAUAUCAGCAUGGGUUUUAGUAGCAGUAAUUUGGUUACCUGGAGAGAUCAUCCCAGCUGCUUCAGGCAGGGCCAGGGAGCGAUGUCUGCUGUAAUGGCCUCUUUCCAUUUGAGAUCCCUGCUUUCCAUGGGCUUGCAGUGCAACCAUAAAAAUCCUUUCCAGGCUGAGCUCUGGCUCCUGAAGUCUUUGGGAGAUUUUUAAAUAUAAAGUGCAAAUAGCAGAAACAACUGGCAGUUGACUUUUCAAACUGUAUCUUAGCAGCACAGAGGCCAUUCUGGACAUGUGUUGUUCCUGUAGUUGUAAAGCAAGCUUAUUUCUCGAAUGAUCCAAGCCCACAGGAUUUCCCUUGUGUGAGUAUGUUUGAGGUUAGGUAAUUUCUCUUGCUGUUUGGAUGGUGGAUGUAGAUCAUGCCAUUUCCUACCAAAACAGUGUGUAUCAAUAGCUCAGCGCUACAGGGGAGAAAUGUCCGUUUUUUUGUUUUGUUUUUCUUUUUUUAAGCUCUUCUAAUGAACCAAAAGAAAGGAAAUAACAAUGUAAAUGUCUAUCUGAAAGGACAGAAAUUCCUCUUUGAGGUCCACAGCUGAUGGCAGGAUUCCUUCGUAGUGCUUAGGAUACAAGGGUGGUGAAAAAACAACGGGGGGAGGAGACCCCGAGCUGCCUCGGAGCACUAUUGUCAGAGUGGAGCUCCCAGGCACUGCCCAGAGCUGCUUUUGUUGGGCUUUUGACCUUACCUCGGAAUUCCACUGCCCUCAGUUAAGGAAGAAAUGGUUCUAAUGGCUGUUAAGACCUACACAACUGGAGUGUAGCUCCAUGUGCCACGUUGCUGCGGUGCUAUCCUCUGGCUUCUUGCUUUGAAAGCACAAAGUUCCAGUGCUGGGAGCUGCUCACAAAGACACCGCGUCGCUCAGAUGUAAGGUCUGGAGCCUGGGGUCAGGCACAGUGCUGAGUCUGCUCACCUCAACCUUUCCUUCUCCCCUGCUUCUCACAAGGAGAGCAGUCUGUGGGAUCUGUUUGGACAUAGGUCUAUAGCAUGCAUGAGUGGGCAUCAUGUUUUCCAUGCUGCUGCGUCUCGGGAGGAGAAGGAAGCUUUCUGGUUCCGUUGCUGGCCAGCAAUAUGGAUCUUGGUUCCUUUUUUUAGCUCUGCCAAGCUUGCCCUGUGCCAAAACCCUCUGAGGUGCAAAUCCCAGGAGGGAGAUAAAUCAGCUCCAUGCCCUGCAGGUGUUGUAAGGGUAAGUAGUGCUUCUGCUGAUGACAGCUGCUGGGGAACUGACCAAGCAAGAAUCCUGUGAGAGGAACGAGAUGUCAGGUCCAUGGAAACUGAGCACUCUGGUGUUUAUGGUCUUGCACUGGGUCAUCGUAUGUAUUUGUGGUGUUUGUGAUGGGAUGUCAGGGAGCUAAACCACCUUCCGAGCAAACUAAUCUUCAGUUUGUGUCCUGGGUGAAGGUUAGUUACUACCUGCCUCUUCUCCAAGCACAUAAAACUCUUCAAAUAGAAAAGACAGCAAUUAAAAUUUAAGACAUUUCAGUGGCUACCUUUAACUCAGUGAACGCUUUCCUACCAAGAAAACUGCUGUGAUGCCUAAAUAAGAGGUUUCUGGAAUAUGUGGAGUGUCAGAGGUACUUACUGAAGUCAUUAAUAGCAGAAAGUACACUGUGUUGCAUGUAACUCAGCCAAGAGAACUUUUAUUUCUAGUAUUUCUCAACCCUGUGCAAACAUCAUGUAAUACACAGGAAGAUUAAUUCUGGCCCGUUGGGCUUGUAUAGGAGUCUUGGAUGUGUUGCUUUUGGAGAGCCUGAGCAGCUGUAUGUGGAAAAUUGCAAAUGCACUUCAUGUUGGCAGAGGUGUUGGACCAUAAGCACACACUGCAUCAUGCUUCAUGCUCCGAAACAAUGACUCAACCCAAGAGUGAUGAAAUACAUGCUGUCAGAUCCUUGAUAGCUCUGAGCUUUAAUUUCAGAAGGAGAUGCAAAGCAGAGCUUGGAAUAAGAAGGGAAAAGAGCAGUCCAGGGAUUUUGAACAGCUGGGUCCCAAGUGGAUGGUGCUGUACAAAUUGCACUGACCAUUUCCAGUGGAAAUCAGUGAGCGUUGCUGUCUUCAGGAGGUUGAGAAGCAAUUUAUAUCCAACAAAUUGGAAUCAGGGAUUCCUGCGCCCCUCAUGAAAAUAUAGAGUAACUCAAAUUGUAAGAGUCCAAUUUCAUGUCACAAGUAAUGAAAUCUGAACCCGUGCAGGAAAUGCAAUCCCCAUGCUGAUGUCACCCUCUGGUUUAUGAUGUGGCUGCUUUUGUUCCUGGGCGAGCACUCGAGCGUUCUGUGAGCGAGGUGCUGACUUACAGGAGAGAGUCCCUUGCUCUGCACCUGCUGUGAGUGCUGCACUGUGAUUCAGUGGGAGCCACCCCAGCUCAUCCUCAGGCUCUGCUCAGAUCCUUCACUGCCACCAUGCAAGCAGGUGAAGGUGGCCCUCAGACCGGCACCAUGACCGAGUGCUUCGACUGCGACAACUGCAAGGAGUCCUUGUAUGGGCGCAAGUACAUCCAGAUGGACAAUGGCCCAUACUGCAUCCCCUGCUACGAUGCCCACUUUGCCAAUACAUGUGAUGAGUGCAAGGAGCUGAUCGGCCACGACUGCAGGGAGCUGUACUAUGAGGAUCGCCACUACCACGAGCACUGCUUCCGCUGCUUCCGCUGUGACCGCUCGCUGGCUGAUGAACCCUUCACCUGCCAGGACGAGGAGCUGCUGUGCAAUGACUGCUACUGCAAUGAGUUCUCCUCCAAGUGCAUCGCCUGUGAGAAGACAGUCAUGCCAGGAUCCCGCAAGCUGGAGUACAAUGGACAAACCUGGCACGAGCACUGUUUCAUAUGCAGCAGCUGCCAGCAGCCCAUCGGGUCACGAUCCUUCAUCCCAGACAAGAAGGAUUAUUACUGUGUCCCCUGUUACGAGAGCAAGUUUGCUCCUCGCUGCACUCGCUGCAAAAAGACCCUGACCAAGGGAGGAGUGACCUACCGGGACGAGCCAUGGCACAAGGAGUGUUUUGUCUGCACAGGCUGCAUGACCCCCCUGGCUGGCCAGCAGUUCACCUCCCAGGAUGACAACCCCUACUGCAUCAAGUGCUUUGGGAACCUCUAUGCCAAGAAGUGCAGUGCCUGCACAAAGCCUAUCACAGGCUUCGGUGGUGGUAAAUAUAUCUCCUUUGAGGAUCGUCACUGGCACCAUAACUGCUUUAACUGUGCCCGCUGUGACACCUCGCUGGUCGGGAAAGGCUUUAUCCCUGACAAUGAUGAGAUCCUGUGCCGCGACUGCAGCAACGACCUAUGAGCCUUGGAGGACACUGUGGGGCAGGGGCUUUCUCUAUUCUUCAGAGUCUUUGUGCCAGUUACCCCUGACAGCAUUGCAGGGGCAGGGUACAAAGCGUAGGAGAUGAGGGCUGACCCCUAACCACUGUGUGUUCAGGAGGUUCCUGUGCCCCUCCUUGAAGGCUAGAGUAUGCUACACUGUGGCUCUGUGCAGAGCCAAAGCUAAAUAAAGUUGAAAAGGAGCUUCAAGAUCCCCAUUAUUUACUCUUUCCUUUUGCUUACUGUCUGACUGGGCAUGAGCAGAGCAAAGGGCAGCAGCAGCAGCUUCAGUGCAGGGCUGCUGGAUCUGCACGCUGGCAGCAUGCAUUCGCUUCCCUGGGCACAGUGCUCAUUCUUCUUUUUUCCCUGCUCUGCAUGCUGCAGGGCAGCAACUCCCACUCUGGUCUUGUCGGUGUUCACAGUGGAUGGCUUCGCAGCCCAGUGUUGCACAACCUGUGCAUGUGGGGCUCUCUGUCCUAUUUGGGAGGCUUGGGGACACUGGACUGGAGUGGGAGCAUGUGUCACCACCAUGGGAUUCCUGUAGCCACUCUGCCACCUAUGUGCUGCACCCUUUUCUCAGCGUGGCUCUGUGACAGAGCUCAGGCACUCGCAGGGCUGUAGCACUGCCCCAAACCCCUGCCUGUUCUUAACUGUUAACAACAAGGUGUCUAAAAGCUCACACAAGGGCAUGAGCCAACCUUGCCUGGUGGCUUGGCUGGCCCUGCCCCCCCAGAGCUCCUUUGCAGGGGGAGCUUGUGCUUCUGCCUAGUCUGCAUCCCCCCUGCUCUGCCCUGCAUGGGGCACUUCCCCCAGCCCUGCUUUCCUGCUUAACCCUUGCUUCUCUGAAGGCAUCUUCUUGUGAUGUUUAUUCGUUUUUUGUUUUUUGUUUUUCCCUCUUUUUGUAUUCUUUUGUCAUGAUUAUCUGUUAUUCUGUAACCAGCUGUGGGAUGAAGGGACUCUCCCGCCUGCCCAGGAUUCAGUAGGAGCAGAAAAAAUUAUGCAUGUUGAAGUGUUAUUAACUCUGUAUUCAGAUCUUGGUUGAACUCUCAUUUGAAAGCUUUGAUGCAGGCAAAUCAGAGUUUGUGUGUUUGCUAUUCUGAGGCGCUUGGAGCAGUCUCUAGAAGGAAGUGUCCUGAAUGUCAGCCCCUUGUAUGUUUCCUAAAGCUUUAUAUAAUAAACCGUUUUAGUGACACUC